AUGAAGAGUCUGCCAACUCUGCUGCUGCUGUGCCUGGCCAUCUGCUCAGCCCAUCCGCUGGACAGAGACCCUGGGGGCCAGGGCAGCAUCAUGGACUUCGUGCAGCAAUACCUAGAAAAAUACUACAAUCUUAAAAAAGAUUCAAGACUCUUAGUUAGAACAGAGAACAAUGGUCUUAUUGCUGAAAAAAUCCAAGAAAUGCAGAGAUUCCUGGGACUGAAGGUGACAGGGAAUCCUGACCCUGAGACUUUGGAAAUGAUGCACAAGCCCAGGUGUGGCGUUCCUGAUGUUUGGGACUUCAGCACCUUUCCUGGCUCGCCCAAGUGGAAGAAACACCACUUGACUUACAGAAUUGUGAACUAUACUCCGGAUUUGCCAGAAGAUGCUGUGGACGCUGCCAUUGAAAGAGCGCUGAAAGUUUGGGAGGAGGUGACGCCACUUACAUUCUCCAGGAUGCAUGAAGGAGAGGCUGACAUCAUGAUCACCUUCGCAGUGGGAGAACAUGGAGACUUUUUCCCUUUUGAUGGGCCUGGAGAAAUCUUGGCUCAUGCCUUUGCACCUGGCCCGGGGAUUUCUGGAGAUGCUCAUUUUGAUGAUGACGAAAAGUGGACAAAGGACACAUCAGGGACCAAUUUAUUCCUGGUUGCCACCCAUGAACUUGGCCAUUCCCUGGGCCUCCGUCACUCAGACAAUCCUGAAGCUUUGAUGUACCCUCUCUACAAUACUCUCACUGACCCGAACCGAUUCCGUCUCUCUCAAGAUGAUGUGGCUGGCAUCCAGUCCCUGUAUGGACCUCCCACUGUUUCCACGGAUGCCCCAGCAGUGUCCACGAAACCUGUGCCCACAAGACCCGGGCCCCCAGACAUGUGUGAUCCUGCCUUGUCCUUUGAUGCUGUCAGCACUCUGAGGGGAGAAACCCUGUUCUUCAAGGGCAGGUAUUUUUGGCGCAAAUACCUCAGGGCAUCUAAACCUGAGUUGUAUCCAAUCUCUUCAUUUUGGCCCUCUAUUCCUUCUGGCAUCGACGCUGCAUAUGAAGUUAAAAGCAAGGAUACUGUCUUCAUUUUUAAAGGACAGCAGUUCUGGGCCGUCAGAGGAAAUGAGGUGCAGGCAGGUUACCCAAGAAGCAUCCAAACUCUCGGAUUUCCCCCAACAAUAAGGAAAAUCGAUGCUGCUUUUUCUGAUAAUGACAGGAAAAAGACAUACUUUUUCUUGGAGGACAAAUACUGGAGAUUUGAUGAAAAGAGACAGACCAUGGAGCCAGGCUUUCCGAAGAAAAUAGCUGAAGACUUCCCAGGAGUCCACCCCAGAGUUGAUGCUGUCUUUGAAGCAUUUGGAUUUUUCUAUUUCUUCCGUGGAUCUUCACAGUUGGAAUUUGAUCCCAAUGCAAAGAAAGUGACUCAUAUUUUGAAGAGCAACAACUGGCUCGACUGCUAG